CACGCCCCCUUUGUGUGACGUCAGCGAGCAGGCUUGGCUCCAGUGUCCGCUUUGGGACGCACUCAGCGCGGGGAAAAUGCUGCUCUCCGUACCGCCAAGGACAGCCAUCAACCCGUACAGCGGCUCGUACAACGGCAGGAACACCAAAAAGCAGUCCUAUGUAUCCUCCGGUCCCCAGAUGGCGCCCCCGAGUCCCAACACGAACAGCAGCAGUGCAGGAGGCGGAGAACAACUGAGCAAAACCAACCUGUACAUCCGCGGCCUUCACCCCGGGACCACCGACCAGGACCUGGUCAAACUCUGCCAACCGUACGGGAAGAUUGUUUCCACCAAAGCCAUCCUGGACAAAACAACCAACAAGUGCAAAGGUUAUGGCUUUGUUGACUUUGACAGUCCUGCAGCAGCUCAGAAAGCUGUAACAGCUCUAAAGUCCACCGGCAUCCAAGCUCAAAUGGCCAAACAACAGGAGCAGGACCCCACUAACCUGUACAUCUCCAACCUGCCCAUGUCCAUGGACGAGCAGGAGCUGGAGUCCAUGCUGAAAUCCUUUGGUCAGGUCAUUUCCACACGGAUCCUCAGAGACGCCAACGGCACCAGUAGAGGCGUGGGAUUCGCCAGGAUGGAGUCUACAGAGAAAUGUGAAGCCAUUAUUCAACAUUUUAAUGGAAAAUAUAUUAAAAUUCCACCAGGAGUGCCAGUGCCGACAGAACCGCUGUUAUGUAAGUUUGCUGACGGAGGACAGAAGAAGAGACAAAAUCAGGGGAAAUACCUGCAGAACGGCCGUCCCUGGGUCAGAGACACAGACACGGGAGGAAUGACGCUAACAUACGACCCAACAGCCUUACAGAACGGGUUUUAUUCGUCUCCGUACAGCAUCGCUCCGAACAGAAUGAUGGCUCCGACAUCCCUGUCUCCCUACAUGACUUCUCAAGUACCGUCAUACCAGGUUCACAGUCCGUCAUGGAUGCACCACCAGUCGUACCUCAUGCAGCCCACAGGGACAGUUUUAACCCCAGCUAUGGACCACACGAUGUCCAUCCAACCCACAUCUCUGAUGAGUCCUUUAACCCAGCAGCUCAGUCACCUCUCACUGGGAAGUGCUGGAACGUACAUGCCUGCGAACACAUCUAUGCAGGGAACCUACAUCCCCCAGUACACCCCCGUGCCUCCGUCCAGCGUCUCUGUAGAGGUGAGACAGGAGAACAGCGGAACCCAGCAACAAGUCCCCAUAGAACCCACUGCAGACCACACUAACUACACGUACCAACACAGCAAGUGAAGCUGAGGACGUGUGACGUGACGUGAUGCGGCGAUGUGUAGUGUUGCAGCACGUUGCCGUGGGUAACGGCGCUCUCUCUGUGAGCUGAUCAACUGUCCCACCGAUGUGCAGAACCAGAGACACGGAUAGACACGAAAAAUCAGAUGAACAAAACAACAGGUUUAUUUUUGUAGAGUAGAAAUUAAACACGGACGUCACUCAUCUUUCCCUCUUCCAGAGUCGCUCAGCCAAAAGGUGGGAGAUUUCAGAGAAGGAACUUUCUAGUAUUUUGAUAACAAAAGAAAAAAAAAACCUUAAAAACAAUAAUAAUAAAAAUUCCUAAACGGUGAAGAGAGACACGUCGUGUCCACUUCGUAUGUUCGUAAGAGCAAAUCCUUGUAGAGAAGCUGAGCUAAAGAUGACGCAACACCGUGUGUCUUUAUUGCUUUUUUUUUCUAAAAAUAUGCAACUUUUAAUUUUUAAUUUUUGUUUUGUUUUUUAAUCAGCAGCAGUUUGAGAUAUUUUUGUACUGAUACACAAACAAAACCUUAUAUUUUAUUUGUCUUCAUUUUAAAAUUUAAAGUUCUAUUUUUGUUACAAGUGAACCGUUUAAAGUCACGUCUUCCUCCUCAAAGUAAAAAAGGAAAUAAUAACGAUUAUAGAAUUUUAAUAUUUUCAUUUUAUUUAUUUAUUUUUUUUAAAUGCAUCAGACAAUCAUUAUUGUGUUAUUUAUUUGCGACACAACAUUGUAGCAUUUCCAGGAAUAGAUUAUAAAAUGUUUUUUAUUUUAUUUGGCUUUAUUCCUCGGUUCCUCAAAUAUUAAAAUAAGAAAGAAAAAAAAUGAAGAAGUGACUUUAAUUGGUUUUAUUUAAAAAAAAAAAAAAAAGAAGCCCAAAUUCUUGAGAAAAUGUACGCUAUCGAUGUGAAAUACCUUAAAAUUCUUCGGGUAGAAGACAAAACAAAACAAAACAAACUCAUGAGGUGAUUUUUGACCUUAUUUUUGUGUUUUAAAUUAAAAUAGAAUUUUUAUUGAAGUAAAAUGUUUUGGGUGCUGGUUAAUUUUUUUAAUUAGUUAAAUCACAGGAAACGUCCUGAUGAGAUUAAAAUGUCCUGAUGAGAAAUAUAUAGAUCUUUUUUUUUUUUGCUGCUCGUUUGAUUUUGCAUUUUAUCUUUUUCGCAUUGAUUCUUCUGUCUUGUUCUGUUUGUGUCUUUGUGACGUCCAAUUCUAAAGAAUUCGAGUAGAAAGUAGAAAUAAUGUAGCUGUAAGAAAGAAACAUUGAGGGCAGCGUUUUCAUUACGAUUCCUGAAAUUUUGCGUGUUGUUUUCUGUUUAUUUUUGUCACUAAAACUUCUUUUCAUUUCUCUUCACAAUUUUUUUUUUUUCAUAACUGAUAUCUUAAAGAUUUUAAAUCGAUGGUCAGUUCGAUUCGGAUGUUGACAACGAUGAACGACCUUCAUCGUGACGUCUGAAAAGAAAAUAAGGGCUUAUUUUAUAUUAAACACAAAAUCCAAAUAAAACAAGGACCAGAUUAGAAGAUGCAGAACUUUCUGAAUGUAAAUAAUCCAGUGAGCUUCUUUACACAAAUAUAUAUCAAUAAAUAAAUAGGUUUUAAUUUAAAGUUUUGUCAUUUUGUUAACAUCAGUAAAAUUAUAACAAAACUUUUUUUUAUUUAUUUAUAAAUUUGUUGAGAGAUAAAAAUCAGGUAGCGCAAAUUUUGUCAUGUUCGAAUCUUCAAAAAUCCUGAAAUAUUUGAGCUUUUUAAAAAUGAAUGAGCUCUUUUUUUUUUUUUUUUUUGAUCGUACUGUAAACGUUUUAUUUAUAUCAGCAACCAAAGAUCUCAAAGCCAACAAUCUCGUGUGUGUAGAACGCUGGCGAUAAGUUUUGUUGUUCGUUAACAAAAGGAACUCGUUACGGAUCCGAACGCUAGCGAGAAUAGUGACCGCUGACCCUGAAUUCAAGACGUUUUAAAAUUUUCAAUCAGAACUAAAUUCCACUCGUUUCCUAUUUUUUUCCUUUUUAACUUUUUUCCUGCUUUUUUUUUCUUUUUUCUUGUUGUUUGUCAGCAAGAUUUAGUUUUUGUGUCAGACAGAAAACCAGAGUUCGUAACUUACACACAUGCAGUUCACCUCAUGAAGGAAGAGAAUAUGGGUUUUAAUCAACAAAUACAUCUUUUAUUUUUUUAAAUCAACUUUCACUACAAAUACACACAAGUUUUGAAACUAUGAAAUGACUCGUUACAUCACAGUGUUUUAAGGUUCCACGUUGUUUAUGGUUUUCACUAAACGCGUGAAAUGUGGAAUGUUGUUUAAAUUCAAAAUUAAUGCUUCAAAUCUUUAUAAAACGAUGCCUUUGUAGGUCACAUUGUACUAAAUCCAGCCAUUUGGUUAAAAAUGCGAUUCUUUUUUUUUUUUAAUCUAUUUAACCAAAACAAUAAUUGAAGCCUUCUUACAUUUUUUUUUAUCUCAAAUGUUUCAUUGGUCAAUUUAAAUAAAAAUAAAAUGAUUAAUAUAAGUUUUAUCAAAUUAAAUAAUAAAAUGAAUCCCAAUUAUUUAUGCUAAAUUUAAAGAAAAAGAAUAUUGACAUAAUAAUAAUAACAAUAAUAACAAUAAUAAUAAUAAUAAUAAUAAUAAUAAAACAUUCUAAUAUUGUAUCCUUCAAAUUAACGUCUUUUGUCUUUCUACCUGUUUUAUUUUUUUUUCCUUUCUGCUUCCAGACCACGACGACAUUUCUUACAUUUUUAAAAAACAGGAAGUUAAACAAAAAGCUUUGAGAUGUAAAUUCAGAGUAAGUUUUGUGUCUAUUUUGUCGUUCUGUUUUCUUUAUUUUCGUAAAGUUUAUUUCAUAGUUUCAAAACACUCGGCUGCUAUAAGAGGAGAAUGGAGCGGUUCAGGAGAUAAACACCACACUGACCAGGACAAACCUGCAAAAUGUGCCUCAGAUAAAUGAGAAUAAAGAAAUACGAGACGACGAAAGCGAGUGUUUACAGCGCAGACUGUCGGCUGCGUAGCGGAAAAUAAAACACUGCUAUGAAUCAUAGCAAGCCUUAAGUUUCGAAAUAGUUUUAAGGAAAAUGCAUAGUUUUAAAACAUAGGAAUUGUUUGCACAUUUAAAGCAGCUACAGUUAGCAUAACGAUCAGAUUAGCAUUAUUAUUAUUACAAUGUUUUGUUUUAGAGCACAAAUCUGUCAUUUUUGUGAAAUCUCUGAAGAUUUCUCGCAGCGUGAAUCUGAAAAUCUCUUCACUUUCCUUCUGUUGGGUUUGAGGAGGUUUUAGAACUGAAAUUUUAGCCGUCUAGAAAUUCUCCAGGUUUGACUCGUCGUCGUGUUUAUCGAGCGAAGCUUCGGCUCGUCGUCGUGUUUAUCGAGCGAAGCUUCGGCUCGUCUCUUGAACUGCUAUUGAACUUUUUUUUUUUGGUUUAAUAAAAACAUAUUCCUUAUUUAUAAUAUUACACAUUUUGUACAGUCUACAGGAGAGUUUUGAUAUUUGGGUUUGAGUUGAUGUUCAUGUGUCUUCCUGCCACACCGCUGACUUUACUUUUGUUGUUACUCUUGUUUUGUGUUUGUUUAAAUUUGGUAAUGAAACUUUCUUUUUUCAGUUUUACUAUUUGUUUUGGAAUUGAUGUUUUUGUCUUUUUUAAAUAAAAAUGUUUUUAAAUUGUUGUUA